UCAAUGCAUCAACCGCCAUUAGUAAACCAACUGCUAUCCAUAAAAGUUAUGUCAUUAAUGCUUGUGGCCGUUUGAGUUUUUCAUCUUUAGCAGAGCCUUCAAUGGCCGCAACAGUUCUUGAGAUGCGUUCUUUAUUGUGCAGCGGCUAACUUCCACCAAAAUCCUAAGCGCGAAUCUACUCAACGCUCUGAAAGUGAAGAAACAACACUAUUCGCAGAUUCGGCCAUUUCUUCUUCAAUCUUCCAGCAUUUCAAUGAAAACAACGUGUGGAGAUUUCGAGAAGAUUGAACUUAUAAAGAAAGAAGGUAGAGUUUCAAUUCUCUUCCAAGAUUAGGGUUUCCAGAGCAUCGCUCCAUUGCUGGAAUUUCUUCUCUGCGGCUCGCGAUUGAGGUUUUUUUUCUCCUGUUUCUUCGAUUGCGUGUUCUUAGGAUGACUUAUGGCUCCUUCUGGUGAAGAUGAGCUUGAGUGGAUUGAGAAAGUGAGAUCAGGAGGGAACGUUCCCCUUUUUGGUGCAAAUGGUAACUAUUCAAAUUGUUGGGAUUCUCCUCAUGGAGAUAAGUUCCUGGUGCGAGGUCCCGAGUAUUUCUCAACGAAGGCAAAAGUUCCUGCUGGCGAAUCGAUUCUAAAACCGCUCGGUUUCGACUGGAUAAGAAGCUCUGCAAAGAUCGGAGAGAUCUUGAACCAUCCAAACAACCGUAUUCAGAAGGCGAUUAACGAUUCAUUUCCUACAGGUCCUAGACCUUUCAUCUGGGCAUUUAAUCUCCAACUUCCAAACAAACAGAACUACAAUCUUGUUUCUUAUUUCGUAUCGACAGAGCCGAUUGUCAAAGGCUCAUUAAUCGACCAGUUCCUGAAAGGCGACGACCACUUCAGAAACUCGAGGCUUAAACUGAUUGCUGAUAUUGUCAAAGGCCCUUGGAUUGUCAAAAGGGCUAUUGGCAACCGAGCAGUCUGCGUGGUUGGGCGUGUUCUUGCAUGUAAAUACAUCGUAAGGGACAACUUUUUCGAAGUCGACAUCGACGUGGGAUCGAAUAUCAUGGCAAGGGCCAUGUUUCAUCUGGCGUUUGAUUACUUCACAGCCUUGACAGCUGAUAUAGCCUUUUUCAUUGAAGGGAAAACAAAAUGUGAGCUUCCUGAAAGGCUUUUGGGGUGUUUUAGGUUCUCUGAUCUGAACCCAGCUUCAGCCAUGCCAAUGGAGAGUGAUGCUGGCUGAGGAAAUCAAUUCGCUAAGGUAUUUCUAACACUCCCUCCAUUAUUAAAGCAAUUGAAUGUACAAUAAACAUUGCCCUGCAACCUGCAAGAUUGAAAGGAAAAUGGGGCUUAAAUGUAUCAUUUAAUACUUAAUGUUCUGCUUGUUAAACG